UUGCAAAUGGCAUCUGUUUUAAAAUUAAAAUUAAACUGAAAAAUAAAGUUAAACUGGAUUACUGAAUGGAAGUGAUGGUAUAAAAGCGUUAAUCAAAAAGACACACAUCGCCAACAUGAGUACAACUGAAAUUAAUAAAAUAGAGUUUGAGGAUGAGAAGACGUUGGAUAAAAAGGAAAUUGAAGCCGAAGAGAAAGAAGUUAUGCUAAAAGCCGAAAAGGAAGCGGUUGAUGAUUUUGCGGAACUGAGAGCUGAAGCAGAAGGACCUGUAAAGGCAGCACUUUCUGGUGAUGUUACGGAACAAGGACGUGAAGUCAAGCCGAAAUAUAUACCUAUCGGGGCCAUCAAAAUGCCGGGAUUUUUCACGAAAAGUUCUGAAAAAUCGAAGGAUGAAGAAGAAAUUCAGAAAGAAACAGAUAUCUGCAAGACUGAUGAAACUUCGAAACCAAAAGGUCAUCAUUUGAAAUUCUUGCAUUCUUGUCCGUUGACUAAAUUUAUGCAUCAUCCAAAGAACGAAAAUGAUGAACACAAAGAACAGCAAAAAACCAAAAGAAGUAUAUUUAAUAUCAGAUAUCCAAAUUUUUUCAAAAAAAGUUCGCCGAGUACUGCCGAGGCCACACUAGCUUCAAUGGAAACUUUGGAUGAUAAAAUGGAUACAUCUAAUGAUGGAUUGGAAAAUGUAAAACUGGAACCUAUGGAUCCUGAAGAUGGCAAAGUGGCCACUAAACUUCCCUUGAAAGAAAGAAUUCGACAAAAGAAAUUUAUCAUUGACGACAUUGUGGUGUGCAUUGUGGCGCUCUUAGUGGCAAUGUCGGUGAUCAUUGGAAGCUUGAUUGGAGCUUGUGUCGGACCGCCAGUUGAACGACCUUUGCGUUUGGGACGUUAUAUCACCGCGUCUACCGGCUGCGGACCCGUGGAAGGUAUAUUGGAUGAAGGUGUUUACAAGUUCUACAGCAUUCCAUAUGCUGUUCCUCCAAUAAAAGAGAAACGGUUUACCUACGCACAACCAUUAAACAAUUUAUCGCUAUGUUGGAAUGAAACUUAUCAAUGCCACGUGCCUGGGCCACUCUGUGUUCAGUUUCUGGAGAACGGCACUAUUACUGGCGAAGAAGACUGCCUCACGCUCGACAUUAUGACGCCUCACGUCAGGUACGACUCACCGUUGCCCGUAGUUGUACUCAUCGGGGCUAACACACUUGCUGGCGGAAUAAGCCCAGCUCAACCAUCAGCUUUGUAUGCUCGGACCGAGGAAGUUAUUUUUGUGCGCCCCAACUUUAGACUAGGACCUUUCGGUUUUUUAUCUCUCAAUAUACUAUCCAAGUCAAAAUACCCGCAUACCUCUGGCAACUACGCUCUUAGCGAUUUGCUGGCUGCACUUCGUUGGAUCCAUUUAAAUAUUAAUCAUUUUGGAGGAGAUCCAGAAAUGGUAACCUUACUUGGUCAUCGAGCUGGAGCGACAUUAACUGCCGCUUUGACGACAGUCACCGGAGCGCACAAGCUGUACACCAGAGUUUGGCUGUCUUCACCUUCUGUAAUAUUUCCCGGAGAAGUUCUAGAGCAGUCUCAGAAGAACAACGAACAAUUCAGGCAGAUGAGUAAAUGUAAUGAUGCGGAUUGUCUGAGACGUGUGUCCAAAGAAGAGCUGUUGGCGCUCACGCCUGAUACCUGGUUCGGAAAUAAUUUUGAGACGUUGCCCCGGACUGACGAAAUUCAACGGUCUUGGUUAGUCUUGGACGGAGAGAUGUUACGUAUUCACGCGUACGAAAGUUGGCUCGAUCAGAAGACUGCAAAACAAUCUGGUAAAGUAAAAGUUUUCAAACCGAUGGUCUUCACCACGACCCUGCAUUCCGGCCACUCAGUUACUCUGAAAAACAAACACGUCAAGUGGACACCGGAGAUCGUAGAAAAAAUCAUUAACGACAGCGUCAUCGGGGAGAAGAACUUGACCGCCGCCGUAUUUACACAUUUCAAUAAGACUUACGAGGGUCUAGUAGAACUGAUUUCGUCUGUCCGAACUCUGUGCCCGCUGGUGAGCCUGGCGCGGCUGCGGCUGUCGGUCCCGCUGUACGUAGUGCGGGGCGCGGGGCGGGGGGCGGGGGGGUCGCCCGGGCUGGCCGACGUCAACGCGGACGUCAAAGCAAUUCUCGGUACUUUUGAUUCCGAGAUGCCCGAACAGCGUAGAUUCAUGGCAGUCAUCCAACACCUGUUCUACCAUUACGUCGGGCACGGCAAGCUGUCCGGUCCCGAGCCGGGCCUCGUUGCGAUUGGCCAGGACCUGCUUCCUCAGCCCAGCCUUCCCGCGUGCGAUCUACUCAUCCGAGAGGACAUCGUCCCGCGAUACGCUCACGUCGAUUAGCGAGCGGGAGCCGUACGUGUAUUACGCGAUGUUGUAGGAUAAUAAGAAAAGGAAAUGUGGCCAUUUUAAUGUUUAGAUUAAAUAACGAACCCCACGAUUUUUUAAUAACUUUUGUAACGUUUUUGUAUGUCGUGCACGUGUUUAGUAGAUAAUUCGUGUUUUAUGAUGUGUUGUGUUAGCGCAUAGAUUAAAUAAGUAACUGCCGAUGAUCAAAUCCAAAGAUUACAAUGCUCUCAAUUAGCAAUUUUACUUACUCAUAUUACUUUAUAAGGAAUAUUUUAUCAACUACUUUGUGUGAGAAUAAAUUAGGUCCUAAGUUUAUGGUGAUUAUAUUCACUUGCU